AUGCAUGGUCUUCUCAGGCAGCUCGGAACGGUAUAUAUGGGCUAUGGGAAUGCCAAAGCCAGUGAUCCCGCCACCCUCACCUUCUCUUUCCCCAUCGAACGACACUCUGUAGCGCUCAGCAUGGUGGACUGGAAAGCCGAUAGUACCGAGACGGCCGAUGUAUUUCGAAUGGAGGCGAUGUCCCUCGUCGUCAUUGGCAUAUACAUCCACGAGCUGAUAUAUUCCAUGAGCUUCGACAUGGGGCUGUUUUCUCGCAGAGAAGAGGAGGAACGUUCUCUGAUGGCGAAGUGUGUGAAAGCAGGAUAUCUGUCCUGCCGAUAUUGCGCUCUCAUCUCCGCCAUUGCGGAGCUCUAUGUUGUUUUCCGUGCCGGCCGUGGAUCACUUGCUUGCGGGGCUCUGAUGAAGCUCUCGGCGGUUCAGUGCUUUCAUCUUCAUGCCGAAGUACCGACGUCUCAUACUAUACUAUACCAGGGUGCGGCAGCCAUCUCUUCUACAUGCUGCUCGGCCUUGAUCGCCGUUCGCGCUGCGGCGGUAUGGGCUUGGGAUACUCGAAUUGUGACGCUCGUCGCUAUUUCAUGCUUAGCCGCGUUUGGAACAGAUCUACAUAUAUCCUUCUCUCUUUCGUCUUCAUAUGACACUGAGCACGGUUUCUGUACCCUGAUCGGUGAACACUCGAACCUGCCCAACAUGUUCACGCUCCUUCUCUGCGACACCGUUCUACUUGCAUGCUUGUUGACGGGUCUCUACCGAUGGCACCAGCCGACAAAGGGAGCACACGGGUUCCGCUUAUGGUCUGUACUAUGGAAUCAAGGCGUGCUAUACCUCGCCCUUGCAUCAGUCACGGAAGUUCCUGCUUUGGUCUUCUUAUUCCUCAACUUGAACCCGGCCAUGAACGUGAUAUUCACAAGACCACUGACCGUAAUACUAGUUCUAGCUGCGACGCGCUUUCAUCGGUCAUUGCACGCCUUCACCCCCAAUAAGACUCGUCAUGAAUACGCGGAGACGAUCCGCUUUGCAGCUGUCGACAUAGGGUCGAGAUGA